AUGGCACAACAAGAUGGUCCUUCAGGCGAAUACCGCAAGCAUCUCCCGGAUCUCAAUGUCCCGCGUUUCCAGAUGAUGAAACAGCAAGAUGCACACGAAUAUGCACACGACUUCAAGACUAAGCACAACCCGCCAUGGCUUCAUGCCUUGUAUAUGUACUGGCGUUCAUUACUCGCUGAACCCUUCAAGGGUGUUACAAGCGAUGGCAUUGUCCGCGAAGGCCUCUUCAACUACGAAGACGAAGGCGUCGACAUUGACAGUAUCGUCAAGGCUGCCCAGUCCCUCCUCUCCCAAGUCACCGACAAGCAAAAACAAGCCCUGAGCUACCACAUCGACAGCCCCGAAUGGCGAACGUGGUCCAAUCCCGAGUUCCUCCUCGCACACAAAGGCCUACGCCUCGAUGAACAAUCAGAUAAAGUCCGUGACUCCAUCCUCGCCAUCCUUGAAGCCACCUUAUCGCCUGAAGGUUACCAAAAAGCAAUCUCUGCCAUGCGCAUCAACGGCUUCCUCGGCGAACUCGUCCAAGGUACAAAAGUCAUGAAUGAAUUCAGUUAUAACUUCGUCCUCUUCGGCGAGCCUUCCUCUACAGAACCCUGGGGCUGGUCCUUCUAUGGUCACCACCUUUGUCUCAACAUCUUCCUCUUUAAGAAGCAAAUCGUCAUUUCCCCUUGGUUCACAGGUGCCGAGCCCAAUGAGAUUGAUUCUGGCCCCUACAAAGGCACACGCAUCUUGACUCGCGAAGAAGCCCUCGGCCUUGAACUCAUGCAAUCGCUAUCCCCAGAGCUGCAGCAAAAGACCCAAAUCUACAAGUUGAUGAAAGACCCAGCAAUGCCAGAAGGUCGCUGGAAUAGAGACGACCAACGCCAUCUCUGCGGCGCAUACCGCGACAACCGCAUCGUUCCCUACGAAGGCAUUACCCUCAAACACAUGACCUCCGACCAACAAUCCCUCGUCUCCAAAAUCAUCGAAGAAUACUUCCUCUACCUCCCCGCCUCCUCGCGCGCAAAGAAACUCAAACACGCCAUGUCCUUUGCUUCAGAAACCUACUUCAGCUGGAUCGGCGGUUUCGGCUCUGAAGACCCUUUCUACUACCGCAUUCAAUCUCCAGUGGUGAUUAUAGAGUUUGAUCAUCACUCUGGUGUGUUCUUGAAUAACGAACAACCGGCGAAAUUCCAUAUUCAUACGUUGUUGAGGACACCCAAUGCUGGCGAUUAUGGUGUUGCAUUGAGAAAGUGUAUCCCUGCUAAAGAGCAGUUUUUUACUUGGAAGCCUGAGGAUGAGUCCAAGGGGCCUGGUAAUCAUGCUAGUCGGUUGGAUUAA